AUGGAAAGUGUGAAUUUUGCAGGAGAUAAUCCUUAACCACGUUUUGGUCACACAAUUUGUGUUAUAGCCCCUAAUAAAAUAGCAUUAUUUGGAGGUAUAAAUUAUAUCAAAAUUUUAAAGGUGCUGUUGGAGAUACUGGAAGGUAUGUAAUCACAGGAGAUGUCUAUAUUGGAGAUAUAAUUUUAAAAAAAUGGAAGAGAAUUGAAGCCAGUGGAAAUGUNAUAGACAGGAUAAGUUGUAUCUAGAAUUAUUAAUAAUCCAUAAUAACCAAAAGAAAAAUAAGUCAUUACUUUAAAUUCAACUUUAUAAAAAGCAGGUCAAUAAGGUGAUAGUAGUGCUCCAAUUAUUUCAAAUUAUUAAAGACCUACAACAUAAAAUGAAUUAGUCUUAAUAAAAUGUGAAAUUUGUGGAAAGAAUUUUCCAAAAAAUUAAAUUAAUGAACACAUUCAAUUAGAAUUAUAAGAUCCUCGUUAUAGUGAAAUUAAAAAGGAAAUUAAUGAAAGAAGCAAAACCACAACAUUAUAACCAGGUAAUAUGAUUGCUGAACAUCUAUCCUAAUUAAAAAAGAAAAGACCAGAUAUCUUUGAAGAAGAUCAUAGAAAGCCACCACCACCUCCACCACCUUAAUAGAGACCAUAACCUCCAAGACCAGCUCCUCCUCCCCCACCUCCUCCUCCAAAAUGA